CGGCGGGCAGUACAUAUUUUCGUGGAGGCCUUCAAGUCAAAGCAGCGGUAGUGGAGUGUGUGGACGAUUUAACAACGUCAAUUUUAGGCAUAUAACUUAAAUAAUGCCGUAUGCUAACCAGCCGACGGUGAAAAUCACAGAACUUUCGGAUGAAAAUGUCAAAUUUGUAAUUGAAAACACUGAUUUGGCGGUUGCAAACUCUAUCCGCCGUGUCUUCAUGUCAGAAGUUGCCACUAUAGCAAUUGACUGGAUCCAGAUCGACGCCAAUUCAUCCGUACUGCAUGAUGAGUUUAUUGCACACAGAGUUGGUCUCAUACCUCUCACAAGUGAUGACAUCGUGGACAAACUGCAGUAUUCUAGGGACUGUACCUGUGAUGAUUUUUGUCCAGAGUGUUCUGUUGAGUUGACAAUGGAUGUUCGAUGUACUGAGGACCAGACGCGUCAUGUCACCUCACGCGACCUUUUGUCCAACAACCCCAGAGUCAUCCCGGUGACUUCCAGGAGUCGAGAUAAUGAUCCCAAUGACUACGUUGAACAAGAUGACAUUUUACUGGUGAAGCUUCGUAAAGGUCAGGAACUCCGGCUGCGGGCAUACGCCAAGAAAGGCUUUGGUAAGGAACACGCCAAGUGGAACCCAACAGCGGGAGUUUCCUUCGAGUACGACCCAGACAACGCACUGAGGCACACAGUCUUCCCACGGCCUGAGGAGUGGCCAAAGAGUGAAUACUCAGAGAUUGAGGAGGAUGAGGUUCAGGCUCCCUAUGACCCCAAUGGAAAGCCAGAAAGAUUCUUUUACAACGUGGAGUCAUGCGGCUCUCUGCGACCAGAGACCAUCGUCAUGUCAGCGCUGGCUGUCCUCAAGAAGAAGUUGAGUGACCUGCAGACUCAGCUGAGCCACGAGAUCCAGAGCGACGUGCUAACCAUCAACUGAGGGCCAUUCCCUAACAGAGCAGGACCUGCAUUCACACAGCUUUGUAAUGAGCAGAAGGCUGACUUAGCACUGUUCAGGUCACAGAUAUUAUUCAUGGGAUUAGAUGUAUCCUCCCUGGAUACAGGCCUUGGAUCUGUAUGUGUCUGUUAUCAAAGAAAAUGUUUCCUCAUCAUUGUUUAUCUGGACAUGUAUUUUUGAAAUGAUUUCUGCACCAUCAGUGAUUGUAACUUAAGCUGUUUGUGUCAAAACAUCCGAUGCAAGGUCAGUGUCUGGAUGGGAGUUUGUCUCGGAAUGAUACCAUUUUAGUUUUGUUGUUGGCAAUUGCAUUAUUAUUUUGUUAAAUGUUACUUUUUAAAUAAAUUUGUCUUUAGGAAGUUGGUAGUCUUUUUAUUUAGUGUUGCUUUCUUGUAAUUUGUGGGUUUAAGAUUAUUUGUAAU